UGCAUGUACUUUCCUUUCUACAUUGUACAAUGGCGGAAGGUCCAAAGACACAUGCACAAGCGUCAGUAGUAGAAUUUGAUAACAUGGGAAAAGAGGAACCCCUUGAAGAAAGAAGAGAGGAAUUAAUGCACGAAAUAAAAGAAAAACUGCGGACUAUAAAAGAGCCAAGAAACGUUCUUAUACUCGGACAGCUUGGUGUUGGUAAAUCCUCCUUUGUUAAUACCAUUACAUCAGUUUUGAACGGAAAGUAUGAAUAUAUAGCUCAGACGGGCAGUGGAUCCAGACAUGUGUCAACGACAUACCGGAGAUUUACGCCUGAGAAAUAUUGGAAGCAAAAAGACGAUAAGAAGCUUUCUCUUCCCACUUUUAUCGAUGUGAGUGGCUUGGACGAACAGUUGUCCAAAUCAAGACAACGGGAUGAUAACGAUGAAAGAUACAGAGAUUUCCAAACAAACAAAAAUAAACAGUCAGUCAACAAGCAAGCAAUAGAGUUAAUCAUUCAGGGCAGACUUCCUGAUAAUUGUGACCUAAUUGCACUUUUUAGAAAUCUGAAUAUGGGGAGAAAAAUAGAGAAAGCAAAAGAAAUUAAAGGAAUGGCUGUUGAUAUUAUCAUAUUUGUUGUACCCGGAGAAACCAUGGAGAUUCCCAAGGCUUUGGUUGAUGAUAUCUAUGAAGAGGCAAAUUUAAACCAAAAAAAAAUUCCUGUUUUCGGCGUGAUGACAAAAAAGGACAAAAUUGACGAAUCGGUAAAUAUGCAAGAGAAAACGAAGGAUAUAUGUCAGGCUUUAAGCAUUGAUGAAGAACACUUUUUAGUAUGCAGGUGUUACCAGUCCGAGAAAUCCAUGGACUUAGAAAAUGACAUAAGAAUUUUAGAAUUUUUUUCUAAGCUUUGCAAUCUUCAUAUUACUGCAUAUGAAAUUCCUAAAAUGAAAUUUCGUGACCCAGCCGAUGCUAAUUCCUCUGGUGGAUAUUUUUCUAUGCUUCUGAUGGCGGGGAUGUUUGUCCUUGUCCUUGCUGCAUUCCUUCCCCUGAUUCUGGACAGACUGGCUAACAAGAACACAGCUGGACCAGGAAAACUUUGACAUUUGUCUAUAUAUUCUGUUAGCUAAGCAUUAUCCUGCUUCACCAAGAAAACUUUGACUUAUGCCUGUAUAUUCUUGUAACUACCUGUUUUACCAAUAUACGUAAUUGUACAUGUAUUGUACGAUUUCUAUCGAGUAAAGAGAAAUGAUAUACCCAAUGUCA